UUCUGUGCUGAAUUUGAAUUGCACUUUUCUCUGCAACAGUUGCAGUUACAAUUGUUUUGCAAUUCCAUACAUCAAGAACGACUGUUUAGAAAGAAGUGAUUUGAGAAAACACUUCAGCAUCAUCAAACUGCUUCCAUUAAAAGAAAUCUCAACCUUUGCAUAUGUGAGAAUUAAAAUGUCAGGUGGGUUCCUGUUUGAUUGUUCAGGCAUGAAGCUGCUGUUGUUGUUUAGUAAAGUGAAGUGGGUGUGACAUCCACUAGCAGUAUGUAAUUUAGACUGGUGCUCAUUGACAGGAUGGAGAGAACACAAGUGCAGAAACACAAACACACAUGCAUUAAGUUUCAGGAAUCAAAUCAACUGUAACCUUAUAAAUUUGGCAAUGCUUUAAAUUACAGCUCGUAAGUUACUGUGUAAUUAUUUAGUGCAUGCAGGGUAUCAAUAAAAUAUGCAUUAAGUAGUUAUAUGCAAGUUCAAGGGAAAAAUGCAGGUUAUGAAGGUUAUGAAAUAAUGCGUUGAUAAUCUCUGACUACCUAUUUAGUAAAUACAGGGUAAAAUAGUAAUAUUACUCGAUAACAAGGCAGGAACACAGUAGUAACAGUCUUGAUAAUGAAAUGAAAUAUUAUAAAUAAAUAAAUACAUUUAUAUUAUAGUUUAUUUUAAAAUUAUGAUGUAUUUACAAAAAAUGACUUUGGGAAAUUACAAUGUAAAACUUUUUUAUUGUGUACUGUACUACAUAAAUAUAGUGUUAGUGGUAAUGUAAAGAUUUUUGUUGUUACUGGGGAACAACAAUAAUGUUGUGCGGGAAGAAAGGAAAUUCUGGGAUGUUAAAUACUGUUCAAUUGCCCCUUUUAACUGUAAUUAUAAUGUAGCUACAGGGUAUAUUCAUGUUUUUAUAAUGUUUUUUGCAUUUUUUUUAAGUAUGCCACAUGCUGUUUAACUCAUUUUAUGAUACAGUUGUGGUGAAAGGUAUAUAUCAAGUCUGCUGGUACCCUGUUUGUACAUAAUUAUUCAAUAUCGACUUUGUAAUUAAAAAAGCACUUACAGAGUAAAUUCAUUGUAAAUUUGUUAUCCUCUUGUUUCUUGUAUGUCUCCACAUGUACCUAAGUACAAAAAUACUCCCACAACUGUAAGCGAGGCACUAAUAGAGGGAAAUAUAAAACAACAAUAACAAGAAGGUAACACUGGUUAUGUGUUGCUCGUGCACUUCUCUGACAAAUACAAGACAAACAAACACAGACAGGAUGACAGGCCAAGAUGUGAAGCCGUCUUUCUGUUCAUGUGCUGUGGCAGUCGGCCUCAGGCGGGUCUGAGCCAGUCUGUCCAUUAUUACUGCACAUGACCCUUCUGUGCAUCGGGCGACCUGGCCUCAGAGCACUGACCAAGCCCCCACAGUCUUCCUACAUAUGCCUGACCUGUCACUCAGGGACACAGCCCUGUCAAAGAAAAUUCACUGCUCGCAUGAGCAACAACGUAAACUUAAAUGCAGCUAUUCCAGCACAAUGAUCCUCAGAGAACGACUAAAUGUAGGCAUCAGUAAAAGCCCCCUGUUUGGUUUCUGAACAGGUUUAUUGGGGCAAAUGAGAUCAAAUAUGGUUAAUGAACACUUGUUUGAUGGUAGUAUGCAGCUAUAAUGCUAGCAUGGCUAAAGACUUCAUGGUCUAUCGGUGGGUCCACCAGCCAGACUAAAAUACCCAACAACUAUGUGAUGGUUUGUCAUGAAAUGUUAUACCGAUAUCCAUGGUCCCAAGUGGAUGAAUCCUAAUGACUUUGGGGAUCCCAUAACUUUUCUUGUAGCACCACUAUUAGACUGACAUUUGGAAUUCAGAGUGAAAUAUCUUGAAAAAUAUUGCAUGGAUUGCCAUAUAGAUAUUGAGGGUCCCUAGAGGAUACAUUCUAAUUAUUUUGAUAAUCCCCUGACUUUUCCUCUGGCACCACCAUCAGGUCAAAGUUUUCACUUAUUCGGUAAAAUAGCUCAACAAGAUUGGCUCAAAAUAUUAAACAAACAUUCAUGGUGACCAGAUGAUGCACUCUAAUGAUGGUGAUCCACUGAUAUUUCCUAGGAUGGAAGGCUUUGAAUUCUGGCACAUUCAUGGUGACCAGAUGAAUUGUAAAACCCUUUCUCCUCUACCUGUUUUAUCUAGCACAAUAAUCAAGUCAAAAUGUCUUUUCAUCCAAUCAGUCUAAUAGCAAAUGUUGGCAUGCUAAAAAACUAAUAUGGUGAAAAUGGUAAACAUUAUACCUGCUAAGCAUCAACAAGCUCACAUUAUCAUUGUGAGCAUGUUAGUGUCCUGACGUUAGCAUUUAGCUCAAGUACAACCUCACAGAGCGACAGCUUUAGACUCUUUACCGUGUUCUGUUUUAUUUAGCGGUGGUUUCAAACUCACUCCCCUUAACAUACUUAAUAAAUGGAUAAGAGGUUGAUUGCAUUUUCCUACACAGUCACGAACUCCCCACCAGUGAGACAGUAUUUGACUUAAAUACCCUGUUUUCAUAAUAAAAUAAUGAAGAUUAUGUUGUCAGCCAAUGAGAAUCUAGUAAUGUGACUGCUGUCACACACAUUUCUUCUCUUUAAACACCAACCUCCACCCAAGCUGUUACUCUGUAUUCAUGUGAAACGAAGAGGUGUCUCAAUUUAAAUCUUUGCUCUGUAAAGUAACUGUGUCUCCCACCCCAUUUUCUUGUAUAUAAACAUUUGUCAUCUCCAAACUUAUUUGAGGGCAACCAAUAAUGUGCAAAAAAUAUUCAAACAAAGAAAAUAGUGCAUUUCUUGGGACUGUUUUCAGCUGUGGAUUAAUCCACAUUUGGUGCACUCUGACAGAACUGAGACGGUGUGUGGGGAACUGACUUGAAACAAACUACAGUGCUCAUGGUCAUAAUGAAGUAACAUGUCACCCAGUGCAAUGUUGUACCUCAUUAAUGUGUUUUUAAUAGUUUGGGGACACAAGUCCCAGUGCAAGUAGAAUCAGUAAUACAUUGUUGGUUUCAGUCUUUUUUAUGUUGAAAAUAACAAAAAUAGAGAGAGAGACAAAAAAACAUCCAUUGGUUUCUGUUCCCCUGUUGGCUUCUGAUAAUACUAAGCAUAAAAAUCGUAAGUGGUAUCCAAAUCGAUAAAUAAUCUUUAAUUUGGUUCACUCCAACCCGAGGGUACCUCUGAAAUGAAGACACGAGUUGGUAUCAAUUAAGGUUCUUUAAAACCCUUAGUGCCCAAAUUCUGCAAUUCAUCAAAAUCCAUAAUCAUCCAAAAUACUCUUUCUCAGAAUCAUACCUCAGUCAAAUCUCAACACACAGUCAAAAUACACAUAUGUUUUGAUUGAGUGUGACUUGCAAUUUCUAUCGUAAAUAAAACUGCUCCAAUCGUAGAUAAAAGAUGCUCCUCAGAGCUCCAGUACUUGACUGAGAAUCAUUCAGUAUCAAAGUAAUCCAAUGAGAGUUGUCUGUACAUCCAUGGGUACAGUGCAAACAGGAACUGCUAAUAGCUAAUUUGGCAUGCUUUAAAUGGUGCCAUUUUGCCAACAUGUAAACAAAUGUUUAAAAAAAUGGGGCUCAAGCUAUAGCCCACUGCUAACUAACUGAGCUAACUCCAUAUUUCAUGUUUACUCUCAAAGCAUUAUGGUCACUAUAGUUCCAAAACUUAGCAUGAUUGUCCCUCAAAUCAAAGUAAGACAAAGCAUAGUAAUAAGCGGGAAAAUCCAUUAAUAUUAAUAUUUCAUGUAGCACUAUCAAUAUUUUUGAGAUUAGAGAAGAUGGUGGGUUUUGGGGCUGCAGUUGUCUCAAUUUCAUCUGAGGGUAAAUCCCUGCCUGCUCUUUAUAAUCCAGAACUGACCUGUAACUGUACCUUGAGGUUGCAAGUUGUGGCGAAAAUAGGAACACAGCUUACAAAAGCCAAACACACACACAUGCGCGCGUGCAAACACACACACACACACACACACACACACACACACACACACACACACAAUGUUAAACCAUCAUUCAGCCUUAUUUUGUUGUUCAAGAAAUACCAACAUAUGGAUGUACUACAUGUGUAGUAAUUUAAUUUAAUUUUCUGAGAGAGGUAUCUCUCUCAUUUCUGCUCAUUGUGAAGAUGUUGCGAUUGUAUGUCUAUAACAAUAGAACUGUGUGUGUGUGUGUGUGUGUGUGUGUGUGUGUGUGUGUGUGUGUGUGUGUGUGUGCGUGCGUGCAUGUGCGCGUGCUGUCUUUGCUGUCAGCUGCCUGUCUCACUACGCCUGAGGUCUUGCCACAGGGAAGACUUCCGCUUGUCAUCUUCACUCAAGCUGGAUCUCCAUUAGUAGAGAAGAUUUGCACAAAUCAGCCCAUGUAAAACAAAACCAAUUGGGUUCCAUUUCUUGAAAAAAACAAAUCUGGUAAUAAUGCAUUUGCUUUUGUACAGUAAGUGUGCACAAGUGAAAUAUUUACUUGCAAUGUCCUUUGCAUUUUAAUAAUUUUGGAAAUGAUAAUUAUUUUUUCUUUCGUUAGGAUUAUUUCUCAGUCCAAGACAUGGUUUCCUGAGUGGCCCUACCAGCUACACAUCACAAGGGGUAAAAACAGUCUAUCUUAGGCCAUGACUGCUCUGCUUCCCAACGUCAGUGUUCCUGGGAGCACAGCAGUUCUGCUGCCAACUACAGACUAUUCGUUUAACCUGACUGCAGUUUCUCAGGCAGGACUCGGUUCAGGCCAGUCACUGGCACCCCUCUGUACCCUCUGUUGCUGUGGAUUUCUCAAUCGCACCUUGGCAGUGGUGUUCAUGGUCAGCCUUGCAUUUGCCAUCGUGGUUGGAAAUGUGGUCACCCUUACUGUCUUUGUGCAAACGAGGCAGUCGCGAACACCACAGGGAUACCUAAAAGUGUCUCUGGCUAUGGCAGACAUGAUGGUUGGUGUCCUCGUAGUCCCUUUCUCUGUCUACACUGAGAUCUCUCUGAUGGUGACCAGCGUUCCUCCUAUUUGGUACCAGGGCAGUUCUACUUCCCUUGCCACCUCCUCUUCUCACAGCGGACAAGUGAGCCCUUGGCAGCCCUGCAUGUUGAUUGGCCCAGUGUUCGCUGGAUGCACCUUUGUUUCCAUCAGCACCAUCUUCCUCAUGACACUGGAGCGAAGUGUGGCCAUCUUACGGCCACUCCACAAGGAUGCCUUGGUGACACGGAGACGAACUCUGCUUCUCAUCCUGCUCUCCUGGGCUGCCAGCUUCCUGCUGGCUCUUGCGCCCCUCAUCUUCAGCAGCAACUUCACUUUGGAGUACAAUGAGUGCAGUCGUAUGUGUAACUACACCCCACUAUUGUUUGGAAGCCAGCUGCCACCUGAUGCCAACAUUUUGUUGUUAUUCCCAGCAUUUGACUUCACUCUGCUAGGUGGCACAUUAGCAGUUAACAUUGUGUCUUUCACUAGCAUCCGACGGUACACCCGAAAACGCAAACUGCUCUCAGAGGGGAGUCUGAGUGAUGGAGGAGGACAAGGAGGAGGUAGUGGAGGAGGAGGAGGAGGAGGAGGGGGAGGGUGCCCUCACAGGCCCUCCUUUUCAGACAUCAAAGCUGCCAAGACAAUUGGCAUACUAACAUUCGCCUUCACAGCAUCCUUCUCUCCGAUCGCAGUGUUUGUGCUCGGUAACGUGGUGGGAUACACCUGGUGUAACUUUUCCUUUUUUGCCUUCUGGAUCCUGACAGGAAACAGUUGCUGUAAUGUCAUUAUCUACAGUGUCAGGGACCACCGCUUCAGGAAGGGUGUGACCCUGCUCUUUCAGCGAGAACAGUCCCCCCCACAUGGUGAGAAGACCUGAGGCAUUGAAACAGCACAUUCAAACAGCAACAAGCGAAUGUUUUGUGGCUGCUUUCCAGUAAGUUUGAAUUUAAUGGAAUAGUUUGGCAUUUUGGGAAAUAUGCGUAUUUACUUUCUUGCCAAAAAGAUAGAUGCCACAUCUCUAUGGUAAAUAUGAAGCUGGAACCCUUGGCUGGUUAGCUUAGCUUAGCAUGAAACCUGGAAAUAAGGGGACUACACUGGCUAUGUCCAAAGGUAACAAAUCCUGCAUCUCAUUAUUUAAAUGAGAUCUAUUAUACUGCAUUUCCAGUCCUAUAUUGUAGUUCUGUGACUCCUCUAUGGUAGCUUUGCAUGAUUCAAAGAAAACAUUUUUCUUUCUUAUACUGGGACUUCAUGCAGGCCCUGUCUGAAACAAGCUGUAGAUGCUCCUGUCUCUUUAAGGUCCUCCCUACAAAGCCCACUGUCUUCUGAUUGGCCAUUGUCUUAUGUGUUUACCAUGGGCGAGUUCAAUUUCAAAACGUUUUGCAACGGUUUGCAACAUUUUUGGAUUGAACAACAUGUUUCAUUGCAACGUUGCACAACGUUCUGCAAUGGGCUUCGAGGUAUGUUUCCUCCCGUUUGGUGGGUGUGUCUCAGGUGUUACCCAAUCAGCUGCAACAAAUUUGUAAACACAACAGUGUUAAGAAGGCACGGAAAUGCAGUGUGCUUGUGUACACAACAGCGUGUUCAGGGAACCAACCGUUAAAAAAACGCUUUGCUACGUUUUGUCAGCAAAGACCUCGCCCCAGGUUGCCGCAGGGAUGGGGCUGCAUGUGGGUGUCGCCAGCAUUCUCUGCCUGGAGCAAAUUACCAUAUAUGGAAAUGACAUCAUACCGAGCCAUUGGUAGAAAUAGCUGUUCAAAACAGAGCAUUCAGAACAGGGGGAACAGUGUAACAUUGUAGAUAAUUCAUAAAAUAUGGAAAAGCAUAAUAGGUCUCCUUUAACGCAUUGGAUGAGUUGUGGUUUUACGAGAGAUUAUGUUAAUAUAGUGUAGUAUUUCUUGGAUGUAAAAGCACAACCUGUUUUUAUUUUUUACACUUAGCUUUCUGUACAACAAACAAACGAGAUGCUGGCUACUAUACUAAUUAGUGAGCUUUAGAUGUGCGAGCCUUGGACAGAGCCAGAAGAUGUUUCCUCCUGUUUCCAGUCUUAUGCUAGGCUAAACUAACUGUUUCUUGGUUCAAGCUUCAAAUUUACCGUAUAUCCAUGAGAGUGGUAUCAACUCUAUGUCCACAACUGUCGAAUUAUUCCGUUAAAUCAAAUGUAAAGUCCAUGUGAAUUUAACAAAAAUAGUUCAUUCAAACAUAUUGAACCAGAUAUUUAAAACAGAUUGCAAUCUUUGUUAUUGAGAAUUGUAAACGGAAAUCAAAUUCAACAUUUUUUACCUCCAUCCACAUUUGUCUAAUUAUUCCAUUGCACAAUAAAGCAGUUUUCAGGAUUGAACCAAACCCACAUACUAUGGGUCUUGAGGGAAAGGGCCAUUAUAGUGCCACAACAAACCACAUCCUGUCCUCUGGCCUCUCUGUCUUGCCUUCGACUAUUGUCAAGCCUCUUUCCUGACACUUUACUUCAGAGGGUUUUUAUGAGCAUUUCAACAACUUCAGGAACCAAACCUAUUGCAUUUCCAGAACUGCACUGACAAAUACACUAACCACACAGUUAAUGCUGUUUUUUUAUAUCAUUAGUCGGUUAGUCAUCUGUUAAUUUACAAGUGUGUUAUUUGUGUGUUUAGAAAUCUUGCUACACCUCAUUGGAAUAAUGUGGAUUACAAAUGUUGCAGUUAAUGGAACAGUUCUUACCAUAGAUUUGAUUCUGCGGUGUUACAUAUAUUUAUUUUUCAGCAUCUAUUUUGAAUCUAUUGUGAUAAUAAUCUGCCUCAAGUAUGAGAAAUGCACUUUAUCAUUUAUUAUGUGAGUCAUUUGCAUUGUGCAUCGUGUCAGACAAUGUUCAUUCUGUACAAGUUUUAUUUUUAGUGUUUUAUAAUAUUAGUUAUUUUUGUCUAAGCAACUGUGAAUGAAAGAAUCAUGUGUGUAUUUAUUAACUCAGUAUAGACUAAAUGAAUGGGAUGCCAAACACAGAGAUUUAGUAUAAAAAGCAUUAUGAUUAUAGCAGACCCGAUAUACUGUGCCGGCUUAUCUUUUCAGGGUAUAAUGUAUUUGUAAUAGAAUGAUCUCAUCAGUGUGUCAGCUAUAAGUCUUGUGUAUUGUUUGGAAUUCUGUAUUGUACAAUUUGACGAUAUAAUAAUAUACAUAUAAAUGAGAUAGAAGCGCCUUUCGCAGCAGGCAGGCUAUAUAUUCAUUCAUGAUAAAAUUGUUGCAGUUCAUGUAAUUCAUGUAAUUCUGUCAAAAUUGACAGGCCUUUGAUAUAGCAGUGACACACAAUAAAGAGGAUGUUUUUCAUGCUGUCAAUUGCUCUAAAUUGUUUCCAGAUGAGUUUUGUGACUUUACAAGGGUUUUCCCUAUAGUUCAAUCAACAUGAUAGUAAAUGACAAAAACAUGUGCAGUUUACCAUGAAGUGCCCCUUAAAGGUGUAGUUCUACAUUUUGGAAAAUAUGCUCUCUUGCCAAAAGUUAGAUUGAUUGAUACCACUUCAAUAUGAAGCUAAAGACAGGAGAGAAUUAGCUUAGCUUAGUAAGGUUAAAAAAAAUACCAACCAGCAAAUAUAAAGUUCACUAAUGAUUGUUAAUUAUUAAUUAAUGAUUAAACAAACAACAUAUGUGUUCUACAGUGAGCUUUAGAGGUGCUGGUAGGUGGAUUUCAUUACCUUUGGACAGAGCAAGACUAGCUUCCCCGUGUUGCCAGUCGUUGUGCUAAACUAAGCUAACCGUCUCAUGGCUGUAGCUUCAUACAUGGUGGUAUCUUCUCAUCUAAUUUCAGCAAGAAUGUGAAUAAGUGAAUUUCCCAAAAUGUCUAACUAUUCCUUUAAAGCCAACUGAUCGACAAUCCAGUGCAUGUUCAUGGAAGCAUUUUUUAAUAUCAAGGGUGCUGUCAUGUACUGCAAGUUGACCCAAUAACAAACAUCAGGGAAUUUAAUGCUCAACAAUAACCAAAAAGAAAUCUCAUAUGUGAAAAUCUCAUGUGUGAACUUCACUGAAUGAAUGAAUAUCUUGCAUGUACAAACUUACAGCCAUUUUUUCUAGCAGAAGAAAUCUGUCACAAUCAUGGAAAUGUUUGAAAUCUGCAUCCUAAUCAUCAUUGGUUCUGUGUAAGAAAACAAUUCAUUAUUAUUGUGCUGAUAUUGAAUCACUGUACAGAGUUGUAUCAGUAGUGCAUAAUUCAUCAAUGGUGAUUGAAUCAGAUUUGGUAACAAUAAAUGUGUUUGGGAACA